AUGCUAGCGGCAGUCGAGUCCUUCGCCUCCGACUGCUUUCUCGGCGAGCUCGAGCCAAAUUCGCGCCCGGGGAAGGAAAGAUGUGAGUGGCACGGGGAACCGCUUCGCUUGGCAGCGCUGAUUCAUGAGGAAGGAGAUUCGGGAGAAGAGGAUAAGGCGGGUUUCCCUCCGAUUGAUGAGAUUCUCCGUGUUGCAGAGGACCUCGAUGGAUUCAAGAAGCGGCUGCGGGACCUGGGAGCUGACCUAGGGCAAGCCCUGUCCGACAAACUCCGCGCUGAGUCGAAAUGCGAGCGCGUCAGGGAGUCGAUUUCAGCCUCGGCUGGUACGAGUGAGCAGCUCAGUAGCCUGAUUACCGAGCAAAGGAACAGGAGAGAGUGGCUUGCCACGGUCAUAUCGAAUGUGCUCGAGGCUGUCGAGGCUCUUGAAGCAACGAGCGAUGAAGAUGAUACAUGGAGGAAAGACAUAGAAAAAUCUCUAUGCUGGUAUCAAAACUUGCUUGGCUUCCAGGUUGUCGAUGGAGGAGAAGGCGUGAAAUUUGUAUUUGACAAGGUUGACUUGCAAAGUCCUGAGAAGGAGUUUUCAUUUUCGUUAAAGUUUGACAGUGAUAGAUAUACCUUACUUCGAUGUAGUCCACCCGUGGAAGAUUCUGAGGAACUGAUGAAGGAUUUGAACCUCACUAACGAUCUAGUCAAGUUUGUAAGAAUAAUCCGACAGAGGUUCCAGGCUGCUGCUUUGAAUGGGGAUCUUCCUGUAAGCCCAACUGUUUGUUCAGAUGCUUCCGCUAUACCCAUCUCAACUCCGGUGAUAAAGUCAGUUGACUCCAGAAGCAAAAAUGAUAGAGAUAGAAGUAAUUCUCAAAGUAAGAACAGGAAGCCGGCUCUUCCUGCUAAGAGAAAAGCUUCUGUCCUAUCGGCAGCAUCUCCUGGUUCUGUGCGUCGCUCCACGCGUUUUGUGGGGAACGAGGGAGUCACCAGCUGAUGCGUACCCUGACCUGGCCAAACUAAUUCUUAACCGAUGAUUUGGCCUUGGCCAUCCCGCUCUUCCCCCUGUAAACGUCGUUGCGCAGCAGACUCGGCUAUUGUUCAAUCCCCAUUAACUCCCCAAAUGCUAUUCUUCAGUCCCCUUUAACUAGCACCGAUGGCUUGGCUCGCAGAAAGCCUGCGGAAUCGUUUGUCGAUCGUUUAGAACAGAGUUUGGUGUGGCCUCCGAAGUGUUGGCGUGAUUUUGGACAUGGUUUUUGUUGCGGGGAGGCUUGGUGCCGAAGGUGGAUGUAAUUUUGGGUGUGGUUUGCUCUGUCUGCAAUGUAGGAUCUAUUGUUGAGCCUAUGUAGUGCCGUGCAAUGUUGUUCCCUACCGGUCGAGAUCUUCGGCGUAUGUUCAGUUCAUAGCCAUUUCGCCCGCUUGCAUCUGUUUAUGGCUAAUGCCACCAUACUUGUGUCGUGCCACUUUUGUAGUAGCAUAUA